CAAUGUUGUCAUCAGGAGCUUUUCUGACGAAGUGUGCCAGAUCAACGAUUCUCUCCGACUUGAAGCCUCCUUCGCAUCACCAUCUCUCUCUCUCUCUCUCUCUCUCGUGUCCACUGUAUAUCUCUCUUUGUGUGUGUGUAUGUAUAAUACUCACACUCGCAAUCACACAUGCAUUAUCUCUAGUAUGUGAUGUGAGAGUCCAUCUCUUUCUACUACCAGUCUGCCUUUUGUCUCUGCAAUGGCUGCUAGUGCUAUUUCCUUUGACCAGGAAAUCCCAGCUAUUGUUGAUGGAAAUUGCGAUCUAUCUGUUGAUGGUUCAUGCUUUCAGUUAGUAAAGCCAUGUUUCGAUGAGGUCAACCAGCCGUGCUCUCUAGAUGUUUUGCCUCUGCUUUUUGAGAAGGCUUCGUUUCCAGUGGAAGAAAAAUGUGCCUUCCAGACUGCACAUGGCCAAGAUAUCUAUAGUAUUUCAAUGUUGUCUGAGGAAGACAAAACCAAUCCAAAAUGUACAUCCCAGCUAGCUCUUUUAAGCUUUGUAGAACUUCCUGUUUCACCAAAAAAGCAGAUGUGCUUGGAUCCUCAACUGAAUUGUGAUAACUUCAUUGGUUCACAAAUGGAAAAUGCAGAUGCUUAUUCGCCAUGCAUUGUGGAUAUAGAUAUUGAGAUGAAAAAUUUUGAAAAAAAAAAAUCCAAUAAUGAAGCUGUUGGAAGUAUAAAAAGCGAAGGUUUGCUAACUGGGGUACUGCAGAGACAAGCAAGCUUAAAAACAUGUGGAAGACUCAUGCAACUAUUUACAAAUCAUGGCUCAACUUUACUGAAGUUGAUUUCUAAAGAUAAGUCAUUCAAUGAGAGAGUUUAUGAUACACCAAAUAACAGAUGGAGAAAGUAUAAGCGUGCGGCAUCAUUUGAUUCAAGAAAAGUUGUUCUUCUCUUCUCAAUCUUGUCAAGUUUGGGGACACUGAUAUUAAUAUAUCUGACUCUUAGAGUUAGGCAGACUGCUGAUGGUUUUGUUAAUGUCUAACAAUUGUUGCCUUCUCUGCCUUUUUGAUUUGCUUGAACUCACUCAUCUGAAGUUGUUCCUGAGAACUGCUGUAGAAGUUCCCUUUGGUGCCCUUCACUUUGUUACAUUAAUUUCCCCCGUUCUGUAUAUAAGUCGUAGAUCCCAAUUCUAGCUGAUGCUUUAGGGCUUGUAACAAUUAAAAUGAAUUUUAUUUUAUUUUUUAAUUGUUUC